AUGGUGGUUACCAAGUUUUGGCGGACGGGUUUUUGGAUUUUAUUGUGUGUGGCUCUGGAGUCUGUUGUGGGUUGGGAAGUACUUGGACACCAUGAGAAGAGUAGUGACGAACCAGUGAAGAAACCAGAGUGGGUUAUUGAUGGUAACCGGGGAUCUAUUAGCAGAGGGAAAGAUGAGGGUGGUUUUGGUCAUUCUUUUAGUUUUGGUAGGGGUGUGAGAUUUAGCUUUAGCUAUGGAAAUCCUGUUACUAGUGCUGGUAGUAAGCCAGAUUGUGAAGGUAAUGGGAGUGGUGACGGUGGCAGAGGGAUUGGAGUUGGUGGUGGUGGUAAUGGAAAAAAUCAUAAGAAAAAGGAGAAAAAACAUCAUCAUGGUGGUGGAAUUGGAGGAGGUAGUGGUGAAGGCGUUGGGCAAGGGAUUGGCAAUAGAGGAGGAGGAGGAGGAGGAGGAGGAGGAGGAGGAGUUGGGGGAGGAAAUGGUGAGGGUAGUAGCUUUGGUGGCGGAGGAAUUGGCAAAGGGGGUGGCAGAGGUGGCACAAACGGGGUGGUUGGCAAAGGGGUCGGUGGGGGCGCAGGCAGAGGUAAUGGAGGGGCUAUUGGUGGUGGUGGUAGUGGCUUUGGUGGCGGUGGCGGUGAAGGUGGUGGUGGUGGGAUCGGAGGUGGCGGGGGAUUUGGUGGUGGUGGUGGGGGCGGGUGGGGAGGCAUUGGCGAAGGGUUUGGUGGUGGAGCAGGCGGAGGGACUGAUGGGGGUAACGGCUGGGGGGGUGGUGGUGGGUUCGGAGGAGGAGUUGGUGGCGGCUUCGGAGAAGGCUUCGGAGGUGGUGUUGGUGGAGGUAGUGGCGGAGGAGGAGGAUUCGGAGGUGGCGGCGGCGGUGGUGGCGGAUUUAAGACUCGUCAUGGAUGA